CACAAGGAGGGCGUGCGGUGGCAGCCAGAAAAAGCUCGGCUGCGGCCGCGGCGUCUUCUGGGAAACGUAGUUCACGCUAACCCUGCUCUGGCCCAACCUCCGAAGCAUUUCCUUAGUGUUGAACUACACUUCCCGAAACCAGAGGGUCUCUUCACGUCCUUCUCCUUGCGCUCUUAGCCGGUUGUAAAGUAGUCCCUGACGGGGAGCUUCUGAUUGGAGGAUGACUAUGAGCGGAGGGUUUGAGCUCCAGGGGGAAAAGACGGCCUGUGGCACUCUACAAUUGGCGGGAGGGAAGGCGUGUGUGACUGGAGGGAGGAGAGACAGACCCUUAGCGACAACACCCACACGUGCGCUACUGAGACCUUAGCCCCUAUUGAGGCUAAACGUGGGCGGUACGUAAAGCCGGCUUGACCCGGAAACAAAACCUUUUAAAAAUAUUGUACACGCUCCCGAGGGGCGGGGGCAUUGGAAGUGUCUGGAAGACCAGAUAGCUUCUCAGGUUGCUAGGCGACGAAGCGGGAGUACCUGAACGAACUGUGGAAGCUACGGCUCCCAUACCCCGAGACCUAGAGCGAACACCGCGUCCUCCCCUCCUCACUUUGCUGAGAGUUCUCUACCUUGGGUGGCGCCCGGUGACGAGGAGAGAGUUUGUGGGGACGCCCCCUCCCAGGCAACUUGGGACUGCACGUUUUCAGCACUCCGGAGUCAGGACAAAGAUUCCUUCUGCCAUCAGAUGUCUUUCUGCUUGACUGAACUGCACCUGUGGUCUUUGAAGAAUACCUUACACAUUGGGGAUAGAGAUAUUGGAGUCUACCAGUAUUAUGACAAGAAAGAUCUGCCAGCGACAGAGCAUGGUAACUUAGAAGAAAAGCAGAAACUGGCAGAGUCACGAGAUUAUCCUUGGACGCUCAAAAAUAGACGCCCAGAAAAACUUCGAGAUUCGCUCAAAGAGUUAGAGGAACUGAUGCAAAACAGUCAGUGUGUGCUGAGCAAAUGGAAGAACAAAUCUGUCUGUCAGCUCCUCUUUGGUUCAGGUGUGCUGGUGUCCCUAAGUCUUUCUGGGCCGCAGCUGGAGAAAGUGGUGAUUGACAGAAGCCUGGUGGGGAAGCUCAUCUCAGACACCAUCAGUGAUGCUCUUCUCACAGACAGCUUCAUCAUCUUAUCAUUUUUGGUGCAGAACAAACUAUGUUUUAUUCAGUUUUCCAAGAAGAUGGAUUCUCCUGAUAUAAACAAAAGAUUGGAAAAACUCUCAGCCUUAGAUUACAAGAUUUCCUAUUAUGAAUUACCUGGUCCAGUAAACAGGACAGCAGAGCGUCGUCUAGCUAUCAAUUGUAUUCAGGAUAUGGUUGUUUGCUGGUGGCCACUGGUUAGUGAUGAUGCUUGGCCUUGGGCCCCAAUUUCUUCAGAGAAGGACAGAGCCAAUCUUCUGCUCCUGGGUUAUACUCAAGGAAAACUGGAGGUUCUGAGUUCUGUUCGUACAGAAUGGGAUCCACUGGAUGUUCACUUUGGCACCAAACAGCCUUAUCAGGUGUUUACAGUGGAGCAAGCCGUCAGUGUAGACAAAGAGCCCAUGGCUGACAGCUGCAUCUAUGAAUGUGUUCGGAACAAAAUCCAUUGUAUGUCAGUCACCAGAAUACCAUUAAGAUCGAAGGCCAUCAGCUGCUGCAGGAGUGUUACUGAAGACAAACUGAUUCUGGGCUGUGAAGAUUCUUCAGUAGUUCUUUAUGAAACUCACCGCAGAGUGACUCUCUUGGCCCAGGCUGAACUUUUGCCUUCAUUAAUAAGCUGCCACCCAAGUGGUGCCAUUCUGCUAGUUGGCAGCAACCAAGGGGAGCUGCAAAUUUUUGAUAUGGCUCUAUCCCCUAUUAACAUCCAGCUCUUGGCUGAAGACCGCUUACCCAGGGAGACUCUACAAUUCAAUAAGUUCUUUGAUGUUUCCAGCAGUCUUGUUCAAAUGCAGUGGAUAGCUCCUCUGGUUGUUUCUCAGAAGCCUGAAAAUAGACACAUCUAUGAUCUUCUCUUCCUCAGGUUUGACAGAGGACCUUUGGGUGUGCUUUUGUUUAAACUUGGCAUCCUCACUCAGGGACAACUGGGCCUAGUAGAUAUUGUCUUCCAGUACAUUCAUUGUGAUGAGAUCUAUGAAGCAAUAAACAUCCUGAGCAGUAUGAACUGGGACACCCUGGGCCAGCAGUGCUUUAUCAGCAUGAGUGCCAUCGUGAACCAUCUCCUUAGACAAAGACUUACUCCAGAGAGAGAAGCACAGCUUGAGGCAAGCCUUGGAACUUUCUAUGCUCCAACACGACCACUUCUGGAUACAACUAUUUUGGAAUAUAGAGACCAGAUCAGCAGAUAUGCAAGGAGAUUCUUCCACCACUUGCUAAGGUACCAGAGAUUUGAAAAGGCAUUUCUCCUAGCUGUUGACAUUGGUGCUCAUGACCUGUUUAUGGAUAUCCAUUACCUUGCCCUAGAUAAGGGUGAAUUGGCACUAGCUGAAGUGGCAAGAAAAAAAGCUAAUGAUAUUGAUGCAGAAUCAAUAACCUCUGGAGUUGAACUCCUGGGGCCCUUGGACAGAGGGGAUAUGCUAAAUGAAGCUUUUGUUGGCCUAUCUUUAGCAUCUCAAGGGGAAGACUCAUUUCGAGAUAAUCUUCCUUCCUUUGGUUCAAUCCACAGGCAUAGUAUUCAACAAAAAAUACUGAAAGGCUCUUCUAACAGACAAGUAAUUGACAGAAGGAAUGGACCUGAAAAAGACAUCUGUGCUGGAUCUUUGAUGACUUAUACCUGUAAUGCAGAAGGAGAACUGAAAGAAGAUUACAGAGGACAGGACAUUGGAGAUGGUGGUUCUCUCAGAAUGGUUCACUUUGGUUUGGUGUAAAAAAUGAACUUUUUUUUUUUUUAACUUCAAAAAGAAAUCAGCCUUUUUCAUGACCUGAUUCAAUUAAAAUCUCCCCGUAUGGAUUUUUAAAAAGGAAAGAUAGUAUAUGUAACAUAGCAUAAUAGUAGCAAAGUGAUCCUAAAUAAAAGUCCUUAACAUACUUUAUUUUUAGUAAUAUACAAAUUUUGAAAAUGUUUUAAGCUGUACAUUAUUAGGUACUUCAAAAACAAUAUUUAAACCUUGUUCUCUAGUAUUUUAAAAAUUUUGUCAGCUGGUCUUACUUAUAUCACUAAUUUACAUUAUAUGUAAAAUAUUUAUUAAGCAAAAAUGUUAGCUCAAACCCAUUAGUAGUAGACAUUUCCCCUGUAUCUUUUGAAUCUUACUGCUUGCUGUGAGGCACUGACUGCCCCAUGAAACUCAGAGAUAUUAUAUUCCUCUGGAGCAAAGAGUAGGCAUAUUUACUAUCUAUUAUAAAAGAUUUGAGCUCCUUAAGUUCUGAGUUCUUUCUCUUUAAAUAGCCCAGAGUGUGCUGGUGGCAUAUGGCCCUUUUCACAUUGCUGUAUGGUAAUAGAACUCAGGAAAUCAAUGCAAAAAUAAAUACAUUUAAAUUGCUGGGCUGGGGCUGUAGCUCAGUGAUAGACCCUGGGUUUGAUCCUUAGCACCACAUAUAAAAUUAAGGUAUCGCGUCCAACUACAACUAAAAAAUAAGCACUAAAAAAAAUAUUGAUACUCUGGGUACUAUUGUUAUGAUUAAUAAACUGUCCUUUGUUUCUAAUGCCAGGAGUCUUAUGCCUUUUACCAGCAGACAUGAAACAGUUCCAUAAUUUAUUAACUUGUAAGUAGGGUAAAAUUUUGGACCCUUCACAGUUCUUGAUACCUGUUCAUUAGCAUAUAAAAGUUUUCAAAUUGUAGAUAUCUGUAAUAAUCAACAUCUUGAAAUAUUGUGCAUGAAUUAUAAAAUUAAAUCUUCUUAAAAGCUACACUGAGGUUUUUAUACUUCCGAUUUUUCUUCCUACUUUCUAUGCAUCUAUACCUCUACUGGGGAAUAUGACAAAGGGAGUAAAAGAUUUUUCAAUUCACAACUCUCCUUAAAAAAAUUUUAGGUAAUUUUUUGGUUUUGUCUGGGUUUUUCUUUGUUUUGUUUUGUUGGUAAUUUGUAAUGUGUGUGCCACAUUUUAAAUAGAGAUAAAAUGUCCAGGAAUGGUGAUAUGUACCAUGCUGUUGGGGAGGCUGAGGAAGCACAUUCACUUGAGCCCAGGAGUUCAUGACCAGCCUAGUCAACUUAGAGAGAUCCCAUAUCAAAACAACAUAAACAAAAAAGAUUCAAUUAUCAGCAAAUUUUAAUUUUCCACCCUCCUUUAUCACACAGAUAAAUAAAAGUCAAUUUUUAAAGAAUAUAUUAUAUUGAAAAAAAUAUAAUUUUGCCAAAGAAUACAUUUUCUCCAGACUUUCUACUAAAAUCAUUAAUCUAAAACAAACUGCAUUUCCUGAUCUACAUAUCCUUUUGCUCAUUUGACCACUGUCUUUUACAACUAUAUGGGAAGUGUGGUAGAAAAGUUCAGUACCAUUUCUAGGUUCUAUGCGAGGAGGCCAUAGCCUGUGCUAUGUAUAUAUAGAUGUAUUCAUAACUAUAUUUUCUUUAAUAUAUUGUUCUAUAUGAUAGUAUGAAGUAACCAUGUUUGCCAGUUAGUAAGUGAAAACUAAAACUUUUCCUUAAAUUCUCCAUUUUUCCACCUUCACACGAAACUAGAAAAAUGGACUCAAGUUAUUAAAAAAAAACAAGUUUAGAUAGUUAACAAGAAUAUAUUAUGAAUGAGAUCUUUCAUAAUGUCUAUUAUGAAUAAUAAAUAAAUAUAUGAUUUUUCAACAAAAGUACCAAGACCAUUGAGUGGGGAAAGGAUAGUCUUUUCAAUGAACAGGGGGGAAUAAAAUGAACAUGCAAAAGAAUGAACCUGGACCCUUACAUAAUGUCAUAUACAAAAACUAACUCAAAAUGGAUCCAAGACCCAAACAUGAGAUACAAAACUGUAAAGCUUUAGAAGAAAACACAACUUCAUUACAUUGCACUUAAAAAUUAUUUCUUGGAUAUGACAUAAAGCAUUCAACAAAGUAAAAAUAGGUAAAUUGGAUUCACUGAAAUUAGUAAUAUCUGUGCAUUACAGGACACCAACAGAGUAAAAAGGAAGAAAAUAUGUUUAAAUCAUAUCUGAUAAGGACUUAGUAUCUAGAAAAUAUAAAGAAUUCCUACGGCUCCACUUAGGUUGAGAAAUACUUAUGAACAAAAAAACAAGUAACCAACUUGAGCAAAGACACUGAAUAAACAUUUCUCCAAAGAAGAUAUACAAAUGGCCAAGAAGACAAGAAAUGAUGCUCAACAUCACUAAUCUUUAGGAAAAGGAAAACCAAAACUACAACAUACCACUUCAUACACAUUGGGAUGACUAUUACAUUAAAAAAAAAAAAAAGACCUAGCAUAUAUGAGGCCCUGGGUUCACAAAUAAAAAAAAGAAACAAGAGAAUAUAG